AUGGUGGUUGUGGCUCAAGACAACCUUGGCCAAAAGAGCAUCGCCCAGAUUGCAGAUUCCAGCCAGACACCGGUUGACCCUGAAUCCCCAGUACCUGGAGCCUCUGGCCUUUUUACGUGUGGCCGUUCGGAUGAGUUUGCGCCUUGCCCGGAAAUAUCCAACCAGGAGAAACCAACCUCCCGUCCGGUGGCUGGUGCAUGCAACGGGUUCGCGCAACCACUUCGACAGCAGUUUGCCGAUGAGUCCCCGGCCACUGCGAACGGCCGCAGCAAUGGCCUCGUCAGCAACGGCAACUCCACAACGGCGGGUGGCACUGCCGUGGGCAGUCCGCCCGGUUCCCUGUCUCCGACCUCUCCGCCGGCGACGACGCCACCCAAAACCGAAGCUAAGCUCGCCGUGACCUCCACUGGGUCACCGAUGGACGAAAUGCACAUGGCGGAAAUUGCACUUAGCCUUCCGUCACACUUCCCUCGGCGUCCAGCCCAUGGCACGCUAGGCCGCCUAAUCCAGCUGGUCACCAACCAUUUUGAUGUCGACAUCCCAAACGGCAACGUAUACCACUAUGACGUCGAGAUAUGCUCUGAGACCUCCACGAAAGCAGCCAAGGUGCCCGAGCAGAAAAAGUACCGCUGCUUAAGCACAAGGAUUAAUCGCACAAUCAUCGAACUUCUCGUGAAAAAAUAUCAAGGCGAGCUCUCGAACUGCAUCCCGGCUUUCGACGGUCGCAAGAAUCUCUAUACGCGACGUCAGCUCAACUUCCGUGAGCGUAUCUUCGCCGUCGACCUGGAGGAGGGCCGCCGUGUUCAGAGGUUCACCGUCAAGGUACAGUACGCUGCCACGGUCAACCUUGACGCCCUGCAAGCCAUGUACCAGCAUCGCGUCAGCAAUGUGCCCCAGGAGGUGCUACAAGCCAUCGACACCGUGGUACGCCACGGACCAUCGAUUAAACUGACGCCAGUGGGGCGUAGCUUCUUCACACCACCGUACGACACUUACACGUUGGGCGGUGGCCGCGAAGUCUGGUUCGGCUACUACACGAGCGUGCGGCCGGCGCAGUGGAAGCCCAUGCUGAACUUAGACGUGUCGGCGACCGCUUUUUACGAACCGUUGCCCCUGGUCAGCUUCAUGUGCAAGAUAUUUAGUGACAGCGGCAGACGCGUCAUGACGCCCUCUGAGUUCCGGUCACUCACACAGUACCAGUACACGCGGCUCAACAAAGAGCUCAAGGGUUUACGCGUCAAAGUUACACACCUGUCUUACCCACGAAAAUACAAGGUGGUGCGUGUCACCAGGAGGUCAGCGAUGGCGAUCUCUUUUGACACCGAAGAUGGGGCCACUCUCACGGUGUCCGAAUACUUCGGACAGCGUUACGCUCCCUUGCAGUACCCGCACUUUCCGUGCGUGCAGUGCGGCCGGCUCGACCAUCCGGUGUAUAUACCCUUUGAGGUGUGUGAGCUGGUCGAGGGCCAGCACUGCCGCAAGAAGCUCGACGAGAACCAGACCACCAAGAUGAUCAAGUGCACAUCCAAGCCGCCUGCCAAGAGAUUUCAGGAAAUCCGCCAGUCGGUGCACGACCUGGUGAACACCUCCAAGGACUACCUGCGUGAAUUCGGCAUCAAGAUCAACACCAAUCCGACGCAGCUCAGAGGUCGUGUUCUCGACCCUCCGUCAUUGGUGUUCGAGCAGAACAAGGUCAGCAAGCCGCGCGACGGCACGUGGGAUCUUCGGGGCCAGCACUUCUACAACCCAGCCACCAUGGACUGCUGGACGGUGGUAAGCAUGAGCCACUUAGUGCAGCGGGACAGCGUCGACAACUUUGUCAAAAUGCUUCUCCGCAUCGGCAAAGAACUGGGCAUGCACAUCACCCAGCCACUUGCCAUUUCGGCGGCCAACCCUAACAGUCGUUCCAUCCGGUUCAUCCUUGACGAGCAGCUUAAGAAUCACAGCGGGCUUCAGAUGGUCGUCAUCAUCCUCGCCAAGUCGACCAACUAUGCCGAGAUCAAGCAGGUGGCAGAGACCGAGCUGGGACUGCGCACGCAGUGCAUACUCGACAGUAACGUGAUCUGGAAGUGCAACGUACCACUCGUGCAGAACCUGUUGCAGAAGAUCAACACCAAAAUGGGCGGAACCAACAACAGCCUGCUGUUGCAGGAGAAGCCCUUGCUGUUCCGGACGCCCGUGAUUGUGAUUGGCGCCGACGUCUCGCACCCUUCGCCCGGUGACUGGAUCCGCCCAUCGAUCGCUGCCUGCGUGGGCAGUCUGGAUGCGACCCCGUCCAAGUUCAGCACCUCCAUCCGCGUGCAGAUGGGGUCGGAGAAGGCCAAGGGGCACAUAGAGAUCAUCCAGGACCUCAAGGAGAUGGUCAAGAACCUGCUCAGGGCCUUCUAUCGCUCCACGAGGCAGAAGCCGCAGCGCAUCAUCUUCUACCGGGACGGCGUUAGCGAGAGCCAGUUCCUCGAAGUGCGAAACCGAGAGGUGAGCGCCAUCCGCCUGGCAUGCAAGGAGAUGUCUCCGAAUGAUACGUACGAGCCUCCCCUGACGUUUAUCGUGGUGCAGAAGCGCCACCACACGCGGUUUAUGCCAGCCAACGAGCGAGAGGGAGUCGGCAAGUGCCGCAACGUACCGCCUGGCACCACCGUAGACACGGUGGUCACGCACCCGCUCGACUUCGACUUUUUCCUCUGCAGUCACUUCGGAAUCCAGGGCACAAGUCGUCCUGCGCACUACUACGUGGUUUGGGACGACUCUAACUUCACGGCUGACGAACUCCAGAGGCUGACCUACUAUCUGUGCCAUACGUACGCCCGCUGUGCCAGGAGCGUCAGCAUCCCGGCGCCCGUAUACUACGCGCACCUGGCGGCCUUUCGGGCCAAGACUCACAUUGUGAGCAAAGUGGACGUGGCCAGCUCCGGCAGUGACUCCUCGGGAGGCAGCGGGGACAACGUCCCCACCAUUCAGUACGUGGAGGCUGUCCGCGUCCUCGACAAGCUCCAGACUUCAAUGUACUUCGUCUAAGGCUGCAACCUCAUCUUAAUAUGAUUUCCCCCGGUGUAAAGUGUGCCGGCUCUUUUGUACAAGCAAGUGAACGUACAACGUUGUUUCUUGGUAAUUGUUCCAAUAAAGUUAUUUUCUGAAGCAGAAAUAUUAUGUUAACCUAUCACUUUUAUGUCCUAGUGGAAAGUUUUGAGGAGUCAACGUCAGAAUAAAUUAUAUAUAGUUGGGU